AGUCAAAUUAUGCUGUAAUGCUGUAAAAGCUAUUACAAGCACAAAGUGCGACAUAACUUUUAUUGAUUGUGCUAACAUUCUAAGGCGGAUGUGUCAACAGGGUAUUGUUGUUACGCAAGUAAAUAUUAAGUGUUUAUAGAGAAGGGUAUGUUCACUUCAAGAACACAGGAACAGGGGAAAUGCAUAACUGGGUGGAGGCUGUUUUGGAAGAAGCGCUGUUAAUUUUCCGUCUCAGUCCAGAUGAUUGUGUAGAGUAACUAAAAUUUCACUUUUUUUUUUUCUAAAGUAUUUCCAUCCUCUCACCUUUCUAGAACUAGCCUACCCCUUUCUGUUCCUUCCCAAAGGGUUGGAGCCAGUUCACUCUACUCAAAAUUCUCAAAAGUCUACCCUAUACCCUCCAGCUCCUAUUCAAGACGUUCGGUCCAGGGGCUUUAGGAACGCAGGGCAGGAAAGCACCGGGUCACUCGCAGGGCAAACGCCAAACCAGCCACAGCCCCGGGAGCGGCGCUGAAGGCGGGGCUGCUACUGGGCGGGGCUGCUACUGGGCGGGGCGGGGCGGGAGGAGGCCCGGGGGCGGCUUGGGUGUCACCACCAACCCGCUCCGGCCGGAAACUGGCGCUUGUUUCCGGCCGGACGGCCGAAAGCCACCGAUCCUGAACCAGCCGCCGGAGUCGGAGCGGCGGCCGGGUGUGUGGCAGGCAAAAAGCCCCUGGGAGAGGCCAGUCCUGAUCAGUCCCGUCUGGCUUCGGCUCCAGAUCCUGUGCGGAGCGACACCCGCGGUCGCAGUGUCCGCCACCGCGUCCGCCUCCAUCGUCGUCGGGGGAGGGGCCGGUCGGACCCCGGGGUCACUGCCGAGGAAUGAGGAGCGGCGGCCGGGCCCCGCGCUCCGCCCCGGCCUAGGGCCUGGCCCGGGAGUCGCGAGGGUGGAGGCCUGAAUUUUGAUCUAUGCACUGCCUUCAUCCAGCUCCCUGAAAGUACUUGAUGAUCACAUGACCCUGGACAUGGAUGCUGUCCUGUCGGAUUUUGUCCGUUCCACAGGAGCAGAGCCAGGGUUGGCCCGUGAUCUCCUGGAAGGAAAGAAUUGGGAUGUGAGUGCUGCCCUCAGUGAUUUUGAACAGCUACGUCAAGUUCAUGCUGGGAACCUGCCCCCACCCUUCAGUGAAGGGAAUAGUGGCUCCAAGACCCCUGAAAAGGGGUGUUCUGAUAGAGAGUCCACUCGCCCUCUACGACCCAUCCUACAGCGGCAGGAUGACAUCAUUCAAGAAAAACGCCUGUCUAGGGGCAUCUCCCACGCCAGCUCCAGCAUUGUUUCCCUGGCCCGGUCCCAUGUCUCCUCCAAUGGUGGGGGUGGGGGGAGCAGUGAGCACCCCCUGGAAAUGCCCAUCUGUGCCUUCCAGCUUCCAGAUCUCACUGUGUACAAUGAAGACUUCCGCAGCUUCAUAGAGAGAGACCUCAUUGAGCAGUCCAUGCUGGUUGCCUUGGAACAGGCAGGGCGUUUGAAUUGGUGGGUUAGUGUGGACCCCACCUGUCAGAGGCUGCUUCCUUUGGCAACUACUGGAGAUGGGAACUGCCUUCUGCAUGCAGCCUCUCUUGGGAUGUGGGGUUUCCAUGAUCGGGACUUGAUGCUGAGGAAAGCUCUGUAUGCACUGAUGGAGAAGGGAGUCGAGAAGGAAGCACUGAAAAGGCGCUGGAGGUGGCAGCAAACCCAGCAGAACAAGGAGUCAGGGCUGGUAUAUACAGAGGAUGAAUGGCAGAAGGAAUGGAAUGAACUGAUCAAACUUGCCUCAAGUGAACCCCGAAUGCAUCUAGGUACCAAUGGAGCCAAUGGUGGUGGGGUGGAAAGUUCAGAGGAGCCUGUCUAUGAGAGCCUAGAAGAGUUCCAUGUCUUUGUCCUUGCUCAUGUGCUUAGGAGGCCCAUCGUCGUCGUGGCAGACACCAUGCUGAGGGACUCUGGAGGAGAAGCAUUUGCCCCUAUUCCCUUUGGGGGAAUCUAUCUGCCCUUGGAGGUCCCAGCCAGCCAGUGUCACCGAUCUCCUUUGGUGCUCGCCUAUGAUCAGGCCCACUUUUCUGCACUUGUGUCCAUGGAGCAGAAGGAGAAUGCCAAGGAACAAGCUGUGAUCCCACUUACAGAUUCAGAGCAUAAGCUGUUGCCCUUGCACUUUGCUGUGGACCCAGGAAAGGGCUGGGAGUGGGGCAAAGAUGACAAUGACAAUGUUCGAUUGGCCAGUGUAAUUCUGUCCCUAGAGGUUAAAUUGCAUUUGCUGCAUAGCUACAUGAAUGUGAAGUGGAUCUCAUUGUCUUCUGAUGCACAGGCUCCUCUGGCCCAACCUGAGUCUCCCACAGCCUCAGCUGGAGAUGAGCCCCGAUCCACUCCUGAAUCUGGGGAAUCAGACAAGGAGUCAGUUGGCAGUAGUUCUACCAGCAAUGAAGGCAGCCGGCGGAAGGAGAAGUCAAAGCGAGAUCGGGAGAAAGACAAGAAAAGAGCAGAUUCUGUGGCUAACAAACUGGGCAGCUUUGGCAAAACCUUGGGCAGCAAGCUCAAGAAGAACAUGGGAGGCCUGAUGCACAGCAAGGGCUCUAAGCCUGGAGGGGUGGGAACCGGGUCGGGGGUAAGCAGUGGCACUGAAACACUGGAGAAGAAGAAGAAAAACUCACUGAAGAGCUGGAAAGGUGUCAAAGAGGAGGUAGUGGGGGAUGGACCUGUAUCUGAGAAGCCCACAUCUGAGUCUGUUGGUAAUGGAGGGAGCAAGUAUAGCCAGGAGGUGAUGCAAAGCCUGAGCAUUAUGAGGAUUGCCAUGCAAGGGGAGGGGAAAUUUAUUUUUGUUGGAACCCUGAAGAUGGGUCACCGUCACCAAUAUCAGGAGGAGAUGAUCCAGCGCUACCUAUCUGAUGCUGAGGAGAGAUUCCUGGCAGAGCAGAAACAGAAGGAGGCAGAGAGGAAGAUCAUGAAUGGAGGGGUAGGGAGUGGGCCUCCCCCGGCCAAAAAGCCAGAGCCAGAUGGCGGGGAGGAACAGCUGACUGCCCCCCGAGCAGAGUCCAAGGCACUGGCAUACUCUACUGGCUAUCCUGGGGGCUUUACUAUCCCUCGGCCUUCUGGGGGUGGAGUGCACUGCCAGGAACCCCGAAGGCAGUUGGCAGGGGGUCCUUGUGGGGGGGGCCUGCCACCAUAUGCGACCUUUCCCAGACAGUGCCCUCCCGGGCGACCCUACUCCCACCAGGACAGCAUCCCUUCUCUGGAGCCAGGCAGUCACUCCAAGGAUGGAGUUCACAGGGGUGCAUUGUUACCACCCCACUUUCGCGUGGCUGAUUCCUAUAGCAACGGCUAUAGAGAACCCCCUGAGCCAGAUGGAUGGGCUGGAGGCCCCCGGGGGCUUCCCCCAACCCAGACCAAAUGCAAACAACCGAACUGCAGCUUUUAUGGACACCCUGAGACAAACAACUUCUGCUCUUGCUGUUACAGGGAAGAACUGAGGAGGCGGGAACGUGAGCCGGGUGGGGAGCUGCUGGUGCACAGGUUCUGAGUGGAUGGAACCUGUGAGGGCAAGGGGGCCGAAUGAAGAAAGUUAAGCGCAACACACUGGCUCAUCAAGACCCAGCCCCCCAGGUUGAUGGGGCAAAUGCAGAAAUGUUUAUGGGAGCCUAGCUGGAAGCUUAGGUGUGUGCGCUUGAGUGCUGCCAAGUGGGCAAGAUCAGGUCAGGGUUGGRUGGUGCCUCAAGGGCUGUACUAUUCCUUUGUAGAGCUUGACUUGAUGGGACUGAGGAGGUACAAAGGGGUAGGGAUGGUAAUUGUGUCUCAAAACCCUUUCAGUCCCAUCCCAGGAUCUAAUGGAAAGUAGUAUGAGAGGGUUUGGUGUGGGGAAGUGGGAAGUGGACAGAUGUCUGGGGGAGAAACUGGUAAAGUAGAUUCUCAGUUAAUUAAAGAAAAAAAGAGACCAAAGUUCUUUUAGGUUGGAAUAAAGCACAUGGUGGUGGAGUUGGGAGUGUGGAGGGAAAUAGAUAUUGGACAAAAUUUACUAUUGAUUUGAAUAGGGUAGUAAUUAGAGUUGGAUAAAUUCUACCUCCAGAAGGAUCUGGAAAGACAAGACAGUAAAGUGUGCUCUUGAAUGCUUGUUGGGGAAGGUAGUUUAAAUUCCAGUUUAAGGAGAUGGGAAGGGGAGGAAUUUAAAAGGGGAUUCUUUUUCCUCUGAAGUUUGAUUUCCUUCUGAAUAGUCAUCUAUCUAGUUUGAAAGGAGAUUGCCUCCUCUCUUUUCCUCAUCCUUUUUGAGGCUGAACUCAGCUAAGUUAAGAAGGUUGUGUUUUUUUUUAAAAGACUUUAAUUUUAUUUUAAAAAAAUUCCUCUGGAAAAGAGAGUGAUGAGAAGAGCAGCUGUGUGUUGAAUUUUCUCCAGGUGAAUGGGUGCAGAGUGAUCUAACUACUUAGCAAUAACCAUAUGUGAGGGUCAAGUGCAUCUUGGGAGGGGUGGGAUAAGGACAGAYAUUUGGCCAGACUGUUUCAAACAAAACCAAAAACCUACAUAAAGCACUAAUAUCCUCUGCUGCUGUUUUUCUGUAGAAAGCAACUUAUUUUAUUGACUAAUUUUUUUAAAGAAAAGAAACAAAAGGACCCCGACAAACAAAACACUUUAAAAAUUAUUAUUAUUUUUUUCCUAUUUAAGUGAUUCUUUCUCCUUCCUCUCUACUUUUGGAGAAUGAACUUAACAUCCCGGCUUCUUUUGUUAAGCCAGAGCUGACCUUAAUCUGUGGUUAGUUUAUUAAAAUAAAUAAAUAAAUAAACUUUGUAAGAAGAGAUAUUUUUGAUAUUAGGACUGAAGUUGAAACAUGGGGUGGGGGUUAGGGCAAUUUAUAAAAAGGUAGUUAGAGAAAUAUAUUUUAGUGAACUAUAACCACAGAUCACAGAUAACUCCCAAUGAGCUGAUCUGUCUUUGGAUUUCUCCCUUUCAUUGACCCAACCCUAUUAUCCAGCGGAUAGGGAUGUAGACACAGUUGGGGGGAGGUCCUUUGCAUUUUGCACAAAGCACAAGUCUGGGCAGCUUAUGAUCUGGCCAGAACCAUUUCUAAGAGCUUUAAGCCAGAAGUCCUUCCUGGGCCAGUUUUCCGUUUCUUUAUAUUUUUUCCUGGGGGAAAAAAUCAACUAUGCAAUUGUAUACACUCCUGGGUGCAUAUGGAGAAGGGGAAUAAGUGUACUUAAGUGUCCAGAGUUUUAAUUGGGGCUAUUUUUCUGUGCUUGAACUUCUUUGUUUGAGGUAUGUGUUCAUCAGUGUGUAGUGGAAUAGAAUCCCCACAUUUGAUCCGAGGUGCACAAGCUGGGAAUGUGUGUGUUGGGGGUACUCUGAAUUGCAUAUGUUCCUUCUGCCCAGUCCCGAGAAAGUUUUCAUCCCAUUUUUUCCCUCACCAACAAAGCCAGCCAAGACUCACUCAUUAGAACUGCUCAAUUUAGAAAGGUUCCUUUCUCCUCAACAAAGGCGAAAGUCACUUAUUUUCCAAAAUUGACUAGUCUGCUGAUUUAAUCAUUAACUGUGGCUAUUAAUUCUCAGGCAUUUAUUUGACAAUAGAUUGGUUUUAAGGAAGCAAUGAGACUCCAAAGAAAGGGAUAUGUAUAUAAGAACCUAGCAUGAGAUAUGCACUCCCCUCAGGCACACAAUUUAAAUGAGUACUCGGUAAUCCAAUACUUUAAAAGUUAAGUAUUUUUAAAAAAAUGAACGCCAAAAAUCCAUGUUGAACAAAAAUCAAAAUCUUGAAGACAGGAUCUGACCAAGGACCAGAGAGAAGUGAAGUUGGAUUAAUCAAGUAUGAGGAUGGAUCCUGUCUUUAGUUAAAUGUUUGAAAUGUUGUUCAUCAUGAGUUUUUUUUUAACUUUAGUUUUAAUUUUUAAAAAAWUGUGUCAAAAUAGUAUUUACCUGGGUUUUUAAUCACUUCUUCCAUUUUGUGCCCACAGUGAGUGCCUUGUUCACCUCACCCUAGUCUUGUCCCUGUUUCUGGGGUUGAAUAACACUGAUGAAUCUUCCACCAUGUGAGCCUCCAUCCCUACCCUGUACAAGACACUUAGUGGCUUAAACCAACACUGGGCCCUCCCCAUACUCCCUUAGGCUUCCAUAUCAUAGGAUGAUGGCCUGGACCAAUAGAAGUGGAAACAGACCAGGGGUUUCCCCAGAGAAUAAAACCAGGGAAGUUGAUCCUCCAUUGGACUGCUGUGUUUGGAUUUGAUCUGUUGUUAGAUUUUAGUUAAUGCUUUUGCUUUAAAAACGGAGGACAAAUGAACAAAACCAGAAACUUUGUAUCAUGUUUGUUUUUAUUUAUAAAUAAGCCGAUCUCAGUUCUUUUUACUCUCUUUUCAAAUGAAAAAAAAAAGAAGAUGGAAAUUUGAUGGGGCGAGGAAGGAAGUAAUUAUGGGGAAAAAGGGCUUUAGGCCUUAUGUAAGGAUUUUAUUAAGAUUUUUUUUUAAGCUCGGGAAGGUACUAUUAAGAGAUUAAAAAAAACCUCUUCAUUCUAAGGAUUUGGGACCCUGAAACAACGGAUUUUUUUUUUUUUUAAUGGGGGAUAGUGAUGUUUGCUUUAUUAUGGGGCAGAGGGGUUGGGUGGGUUGGGAGUUAGGAAUAAWAUCUGGGAAAUUAAGACUGACAAGUAUUGGUUUGUUGUAGGAAAGAGGAAGGGCAAUCUCUGUUGAGAAGAAGGGAGGGAGGGGUUACAUGGGAUGUACUCAAAAUGAGCAAAAGUUCCUUGGUUAAGGAGGAGUAUGUGAGUGAAGGGAGAAGGUGGACCCUGAAUCCCUAGAUAAAGUAUGAARUCAUCUCAGGCUUAAAUUUAAGUGCACUUAGUUCCUUUAAUCCAGGGCAUCUAGGGUACCUACUGAAGUUUUUAAUGUAGAGGGGAGAUUUUCAGGUUUCUUAUUUUUCCCCUUUUGAUUUAGGACAGUGCUGUCCCCCUCCACAUUUUUCUGUCCUGUCCACAGUGGAACAAAUACGUUACAGGGUAGGCCUUUGGAUUCCUCCCUUAAUUUUUAUUGAGAGUUACAAGUUAACUCAACAAAAUAUAUAGAUGAUAAUGAUGAUGAUGAUUUUUAAGAUUCAGUCUUUUUAAGGAGUAGAGGGUGGCGUUAAACUCAGCACUGUGCAGGGACUUUGAAUGGAAGUAUCUUCCCUCCUGUUGGCUCUCAUCUUCUCAUAGCAAAACUGAAGCUCAGACCAACACACAAAAAUUAGCAAUGUGUAUUUUGGAGCAUAUUGUAUAUUUUGGAGCCAGAAAGAAUUGGAGCUGACUUCUGAGAACCUAGCUUUUGCUGUUCUGACUCCUUUUAGCCACAUGUCCAAAGUUCCAGGCACUUUUUUUCCUCUUAAUACAGGAGCAUUUCAGAGAUGAUUAUCCCUGAAUUACUCAGAUACCUCUGGAUUCUUUUGUCCUCUUCUUUCUCCAAGGAGGCAGUGCCCCCGACAUACAGCCACUAGUGAGAGCCAGAAUUAGAAGCCCCUUCCCUGCCUGUAACCACCUGCACCCCAGAUUUUUCUAAUUUCCUUCUUUCCCUCCAGGCUCUUCAACUGCAGAUUCAGUGAGUCAUACAGGCACUCUGUCUCUUUGCAGCUGAUCAGUCUGUAAAUCAUAGGGCGUUUUGCCCCCUCUACUUAAGUUGAUUAACAAAAUAUUUAUUAUGAUGCCCCCAUGUAGACUUUCUCUGUGCCACCUUCCUUUUUUGGCCACAUGGGUAAGGGACAGUAAAAAGGAGCAAGGGAAAUUGGCUAAGAGGAGUGGGGGUGGGAAGGACCUUGGCCUCUUUUUAUGUUUAUAACUGGAUCUGUGACUCAUCUUGUGAGUCACUCAGCUCCACCUCCCUCCUCCAACUGCCCCUCCCAAUCAGCUUUCACUCCUGGCACAAACCUGCAACCAGAGCAGGAUUCUGAAAAUGGAAAAAUCUGAUACAGCCCCUUGCUUCUCCACCCUCCUUUUUAUCCAGUGAACUUCUACUGGGUUUGUGUUGGGGGUAGUGAAAAGUGGUCCUGUUAAUAAUCAGCUACUGCCCCCCUUUGCAUUCCUGGUUAGGUGCUGAUCCAAAUCAUCCAAUUUAUUUCUCUCCAAUCCCCCCCACCCAUUCCCCCUGAUGUUUUUUUUUUCUCUCUCUAUUCCUUUGCUGCUCCCAUACCUCAAAAGUAUUAAAGAACAGAAUGUUGCUCUUGAAUGAAGAGUAGUGAGAAGUAGAUAAUGGGAUUUUUAAAUUGUGGUACACACCACUUCCUAUGCUUUGUUUUCUUAUUUACAACAGAGUUUGGGAAGUAUUUUCUUUCCCGGAGAGGUUGAGGUCUGUGAAUUGGGUACAGGGGUGUGAGGUGGGGUGGUGGUGCUCAGUAGCUUUUAGAACUUCUAGAAUUAGGCUUCUGGGCCCCUUUCCUAGCAGGUGUAUACUUUUUUGUUCCAGACUGACUCCCUGUCUCACAAUAUCUUCACUAUUUCCAUAGUUGCAGCCAAGACAGGGAAAUUUUAUUAAAGCCGAGGCCAGAAGAGUAUGUGUGCUGCGGGGAGGGGGAGAGUUGAAUAUCAGUUUGGAAUACUGGAGCCCCCACCUAAGGAUUGCUGCCUCUGUACAGAGUCAAAAAACAAUAAAACAGUGGCUCAUUAAA